UGCGCUCGGCCUCGGCGGGUGGCGGCAAUGGCAAUACAUAAUAAUAACAACCGCAGCCGCAGCCACCCUCUUCCCGGGCGAAGGCCAUAAUACCCCCCGCGGCCGCGGGGUGCGCGCAGAGCUGCCAUGAGACGCGGCGCGGCCCGGACCCUGCUGCUCAACAUGUACCUGCCAGAUCCGGUUGGGGAAACUUUAUUCAAAGAAGGCAAAAACCAGACGUGGGGCUCGCUGGGGCCAGGGGUUCAGAAAGGCAGUGGGCAAAUCCAGCUGUGGCAAUUCCUCCUGGAGCUGCUUUCGGACCGGGCCAACCUCAACUGCAUUGCCUGGGAAGGCACCAAUGGCGAAUUCAAACUGCUCGAUCCCGAUGAGGUGGCCAGGCGCUGGGGCGAACGCAAGAGCAAACCUAACAUGAACUAUGACAAGUUGAGCAGGGCCCUGCGCUACUAUUACGACAAAAACAUCAUGACCAAGGUUCACGGCAAGCGCUAUGCCUACAAGUUUGACUUCCAAGGCUUGGCCCAGGUCUGCCAGCCAGCCACACCUGACCACACCUUGUACAAAUUCCAGGCACCCCUUCCCUUCUCUGGCAUCUCCAAACUCAACAUCAUGGCUUCAGGAGUGACCCCAACCAGUUUCUCCUACUGGCCAGGCUCUGCCCCUGCCCUGUAUCCCAGCCAUGGCUUGCAGGCUUCAACACCCUUCAGCACCAUGGCAACAUCUCAUAUCAACAAUAUGAACAGCCAUUACCACUAGACUUCUUCUGGUUGCAUGGGGUAUGGUGAGGAGCUGGGAGAAUAAAUUUUGACCUCUAAAUUUCAGCUUAAGAUAUUUCCAGUGCAGAAAAAAAAAAAGAAUAUUUAUUAGCUUCACCCAUCGUGUUAAAACACAAGGUGGUUUUUGCCUGGUUUUGGUUUCAUGUAAUACAUGAAAUCAGCUAUUUAUGGUUUGUGGCAUAGCACAAUGUGUCAAUCCAGCCACUGCAACCUAUUCAAUAACAACAGUGAAACAGACCAGGGGUUAGGCAGAUGGCUGAAUCUAGCUAUUUUGUAAAGUGGAAAGAGAAAUUUUAUUGAGACAGUCUGGAUCUCAGCACAGUAGCUGAAUCCAUCCAGAGCCAUUUUGGACUGGAUUCUCACCCCAAUGAAUCCAUAUUUUCCAGGGAACAUUUAAGUAAUUUCCCUAUUUUUUCAUUUUAAAAAUAUCCACAAUAUAUUGUCUGAAACUGUCUUGUAGUUGGAACUUUUGGAACUGUGAAAAUUUGUACAGCCCCUUCUUCCCCCUGCAAAGUUACACACAUGUAAUCACACAUCUUAAGAGACUGAUGAAGAAGCAUCAGUACCAGCAAGAUACUUUACUCUGAGGCAAGUUGGUGACAGUGAUAUCCAUUUAGCCCGAAUAUCUCUGGGUAAAAUGGGCAAAGCUAUCUCUGACCAUUCUAUUAUAGUCCACAUAGAUCAUACACAAUCUGUCAAAUAUAUGCCACCACUUGGCUUUCAAUUGAAUCAGAGAUCUACUAAAUAUUAAUCUGGAGGUCAAUGCCUUACAAAAUUCAAAUGACAUGAAUGUUUUUGAUUUUCUCAACCCAGCUCAAUUUCUAAACCUAACAUGAACUAAGGCUUCUUUAGGGCCUGUGAUUGUAUAGAAUGGAAGAAUAUGCCUAGACUUACAUGGUUAUAAUUAGAAUGAUCUACCUUCCUGCUCAACAGACAAACAAAUGCUGCCCUUUUAAACAAGGUGCUUUCCCAUGUGGGAACUUCAUAAGAGUUUAAUAAAAAAUAAAUCCUACAUUGGCAAGAAUAUAUUAUAAACAUCUUGCCUUUGUUUUUGUUCUAAGUGAAUCUCAGUCAGAAAUUUGAAAGGAUUAGAAAGCUUCAAGUAUGAAAAGGUUGGUGGUUGACAAUUUUCUAUCAGGUCCCAAAAAGUCAAAUUAAGGCUCCCUGUUCUUCACACAUUUAUUUAUUUUUAAUAGACCCCUUUCCUUGGACAUUAUUAUUCAAAUUGUGAUAUUGUGGUUUCUUUUUGCCCUCUGGUUUUGGAUUAUGACCUUCCCCUUCAUAACACAUCUCCAUUGAGUCCAUUCUUAGGUUGAUGGGCAUCCACACUGUUUCCCUUGAUGUAAGAUAAAAACACUGUUCCAGGUUUCUGUGUGUGUAUAUGUGUUGGAAGGUUGAGGAGAAAUGACAUUAAAAGAUCUACUCUGAAUUAUUUGAAGAUUAAAUUGCAAUCAUAGCUAUGAA